AGACCGGAGUGGAGGGGGGCGAUCCCCGAGCGGAGUGGACCGGGCGUCGGGGGCAGGGUGGACGGCCGGCAUCAGCCCAGCCGGGGUAGGGACCGGGGGCGCUCCAUACGAGACCCCAGCCCGAGCAGAGAGCCCCUCCGCGGCGUCAGUUGCCUGCAUGCGGGGAGAAGCUCGGCGGAGCUCCGCCUGGAUCGUCCCCCCUAUCGAGGAGGCAGAGGCCGGCGAGGCAGCCCUUCUGCGCGUGGGGAAGAGGUCGCCGCCCACUAGGCUCUGUCCUCCUCGGGUUAGGCUCGGGGGGAAGGGGCAGAGGGCGCCAUGCAAACAGCCACUGCCUCGAUUCUCGAUGUCUCCAGGACGGGGGUGAUCCGUGAGGACAGUAGUCAUCCCCUGAAUAACUACACAGGCCAAUGCAGCCAGAUAUUCCCACCUCAUCUUGGCACAUCCCAGAUAAUCCAUGGCAAUGGCACCACAAUUGGCACAGUGAUAACCUUCCAGUGCUCUACAGAACACCAGCUGAUUGGACAAAGAGUUGUCACAUGCAUUUGGAAAGAAAAUGGAACUCAGUGGACAGCAGACACUCCUGCAUGUAAACCCAUAUCCAAAUUUGAAACCUUUGGAUUUAAAGUCGCGGUGGUUGCCUCCAUUGUCAGUGGUGCUAUAAUUCUGUUGAUGUCUAUGGCUUUUUUAACCUGUUGUCUUAUCAAAUGUGUUAAGAAAAGCGAAAGAAGAAGAGCUCAAAGAGAUGUGCAGCUGUGGUACCAGCUCAGAACUGAAGAACUGGAAACCAUGCAAGCUGCCUACUUUGGGUUUAAAGGCAGAAACAACAACAACAAUAAAAAAAUCAAGAAAUCUGGAUUUGGUGAUGGUUUUAACAUGGCCUAUGACAACCACGGUUUCGGCAGUUUCCAUGAAGAAUGGGCUGGAGAUCUCACAGAGAUUGGCUGUAGUAAAGAUAAUGAUUUUCAUAGCAAAAUAACGAAAACCAGCAGCGUACUUGGUAAACAGUUAGCACCAGGAAACAACGUUGCUAUACAUACCAUCAGUACGAUACAUGUUGUUGAGGUCUAUGGGGCUGAAAAGGAUAUGGUUGAGACAAUAGAUUCUCAUUUACCUGGAUAAGCAACCUCAGAAAUGCAAUUAAAGAUUGGAGGGACCAAAGCCAAACUGGAAUCCAAAUGCCUGCUGAAUGUGCCUUAAACAUUGCAUCAAAAUAAACGACUGGAUUGCUCCUAUGUAUCUACUCCAGAAAAUAUCAGAAUAUAUAUAAAUGAAAAUGAUUGCAUUCUGGUGUGAUUUAAAUAAUGCAGAGUACACUGAUAUUCAACAGCAAUUAGCCAUUUCUGCAAUUUGCUUUCAAAGUGAUCACAUUAAGAAAACAAUAAUACCCUUCUUCAGUAUAUAACAGUAUUUUUGCGCCAUAUGAAAUCACUGACCAGAAGUACAAACGCACAGGAAUGCAAAUUUAUUUUAUUUUAUUUUUUAAAAUAAAUAGACCUGAAAGAAUAAAAUGUAUUUUUGCACAAUACAAUGAUGGAAUCACAAUAAAGA